UGAUGCCCAAAACAAUCCCAAAGAUGCUUAACUCUAAGCUCGGCCUCUACCUCUUUUGUCUCAUUGAGAUUUUUUGUAUCUUUUCAUGUGCAGGAAAUUCCAACAUGAAGAGUUGCGCAGAGACAGAUAAGCAAGCACUUCUCAAGUUAAAAGAUGACUUUGUUGAUGAAGGGGGCAUUCUUUCUUCCUGGGAAAGAGAAGUUGAUUGCUGCGAGUGGAAAGGAAUUUCAUGCAAUAAUUUAACUGGUCAUGUCACCCACUUGAAUCUCACAUCUUCUGAUCGUUCUACUAAAUUGAAAGGUACAAUCAAUGCUUCACUGUGUGAGUUGCAGCGUCUAACUUUGUUGGAUCUCAGUUUUAAUGAUUUUGAAGGACAAAUGAUCCCAAAGUGCAUCGGUUCACUUGGUCAUUUGACAGAGUUGAAACUGAGAAAAGCUAAACUCACAGGCAUCAUUCCUUGUGAAUUGCAGAGUUUGUCCAAUCUUCAAACUCUUGAUCUUGGAGGUAAUUAUAAUGUAAUUUCGAAUAGUCUUGAGUGGGUUUCUCACCUUUCUUCUUUAAGAUAUCUCGAUUUGGCACAAGUUAAUCUAAUUCGAGCAACUGACUGGCAAUCAUCAAUAAGCAAAAUCCCUUCUUUGAUAGAGCUUCACUUAAAUGACAGUCAACUUCCUGAAGUCAAUCCCAUACCCUCUUACCACAUGAACUCUUCCACUCAUCUGAGAGUCCUCAAUCUUGGACGAAAUAAUUUGAGCUCUUUGACACUAUCUUGGGUGUUUAAAUUGAGCAAAGUCUUCGUACAUCUCGACCUCUCAUCUAAUUCUCUGCAGCAUAUUGCUCCAGAUGCUUUCAUAAAUUGACUUCUCUUCAAUAUCUUGAUCUUUCUUACAAUAAGCUUGGGAUUAACUCAAUAAAAUCCUUUUGUAAUUCGUGCCAACUCAAACAGUUAUUGCUGUCCUUCAACAACUUGUCUGGACAACUAAGUCAUUGGAUGCAACAAUCAUGUUGCUUCCAAAAUGGUAUAGAGGAGUUGGAUCUGAGUCAAAACCCAUUCGUCAGUGAACCAUUUCCUAAUUUUUCAUCAUUUUCAUCUUUGGUGACACUACGCCUUAGAAAUACCAGUCUCUGUGGGUCUGUUUCACAGGUGAUCCCACAAUCAUUUGGGCCCCUGCAUAGUCUUAAACAUUUGGACCUAAGUCAGAACAAUUUGAGUGGGUUAGCGUCAGGGUUCACGCAACUUCUAUCAUUGAGGACUCUAGAUUUGUCCCACAAUGAAUUUAAUGGGUUCCUUCCAAACACCCUGGGUCAACUUUCUGAUCUUGAUACAUUGAUACUUUCUUCAAAUAAUUUAAGUGGAUUGAUCAGUGAAGCACAUAUAUCAACUCUAUCAAAUUUGAGAAUUUUGGAUGUCUCCCGGAAUUUAAUUUCUUUUAACUUCAGUUCAAAUUGGGUGCCGUCUUUUCAACUGUAUCAAUUAUUUGCAUCAUCAUGUAAAAUCGGUCCUAACUUUCCAUUGUGGCUCAAAAAUCAAAAGCGACUGGAGUUUCUAUAUAUUUCUGACGGUGGAAUUUUUUAUAACAUUCCUGAGUGGUUUUGGGACUUGACUCCAGGUUUGAAAUACUUGGAUCUUUCCAAUAACAAAAUCCAUGGCACCGUGCCAGAGAUCACUACGCGACAAGGAUUACUAUUUGUUGACAUGUCCAAUAAUUCAUUGUCAGGAAGACUUCCAAAUCAUUGGGAGUAUUUUGAAGACUUGGAGUUUCUGAAUUUGGCAUUUAAUAAAUUGUGGGGUGAAAUACCCAAUUCAAUUGGUACUUUGAAUCACAUUAAGUCUAUCCAUUUAAAUGACAACAACUUCUCUGGCGAAAUGCCAUCUUUCAUGAAUUCUACCCUGUUGUUGUUCAUUGAUCUUGGACAGAACAAUUUAUGUGGAAUGUCACCUGAAUCGUUGGGGAAUAACUUGCCUAAUUUGAUUGUUUUGGUUCUACGGGCAAACAAGUUACAAGGAAACAUACCUACAACCAUAUGUAAUCUAAUGCAUCUUCAAAUCUUGGAUCUUUCUCAGAAUGAGAUUCUAGGAAUCAUACCUCCUUGCCUUGACUCCUUGUUUUCCAUGACAAGUGUGGUUUCGCCGGGACAGCUGAUUUCUUAUUCAAAUGAGGAUCGUGAGAGGGAAACUAUUGACUACGUUUUCAAGGACAGGGCAAUUCUGGUAUGGAAAGGAAGUGUAAUUAUGCCCUCAAUGCUUUUGUCGUCUUUAGCAACAAUUGAUCUAUCUAACAAUCACUUACAAGGGGAGAUCCUUGAUAGCAUAACAAGACUUUUCAGGAUUGUAUUCUUUAAAUCUUUCAAGCAAUAGUCUCACAGGAUUCAUUCCCCAUAACAUGGGUCAGCUACAAUAUUUGGGGGCACUUGAUUUAUCAAGCAAUUCUCUUUAUGGUGGAAUUCCAGCAAGCUUCUCGAGUUUGUGUUUUCUCUCGGUCUUGAAUUUGCCCUUCAACAAUUUAUCAGGAGAAAUUCCUCGCGGCCCCCAAAUGCAGACCUUUGAGGCUUCCAGUUAUAUAGGAAACCAAGGACUUUGUGGCCCACCUAUUAGUCAAGAAUGUCCGAGAGGACCGAGAGAAGCAGCAAAUUCUAAUCAACUGAAAAACCUGGGAUUCUACAUCAGCGUGCUUUUUGGAUUCACCAUUGGAUUUUGGGGAGUGUGUGGAACUUUGAUCCUCAAAAGUUCAUGGAGACGAGCCUAUUUUCAAUUCUUCAGUGACAUGAAUGAUUGGAUUUAUGUCCAAGCAUCCCUCUUCGUGCCAAGAUUGAAGCGAAGAUUUCAACACCAAGAGGUACUUGGAGGAGCAAAUCGCUAAAAUUGCCUACCAACUGCAAGGGCGGCAGGACCUUUUCUCACGUGCAAACUCCUGAUUGAGUGAUUCGGUGCUUAAAUAAUGUAGGAAAAAAAAAUAAAUUUUUGCCUCUUAUUGAAUUUUACUUUUAAUACC